CGCCCCUUCCGGUCAUGGCGCCGCUGUAGCCGCCCGCACCGCCACCAUGCACUCGGACGAUGUUGUGUGGGGCAUGCUGGGGAACAGACAGUUCUGCUCCUACAAGAUAACGACAAAAACCCAGAAUUUCUGCCGCAAUGAGUACAACCUCAGCGGGCUCUGCAACCGCUCCUCCUGCCCCCUGGCCAACAGCCAGUAUGCAACAGUCAGGGAGGAGAAAGGUCGUUGUUAUCUCUACCUCAAGACCAUCGAGCGCGCUCCCUUUCCGCGCCGCCUCUGGGAGCGGGUCCUGCUGCACAAGAACUACGAGAAAGCCCUGGAGCAGAUCGAUGAGAACCUCAUCUAUUGGCCCCGCUUCAUCCGCCACAAGUGCAAGCAGAGGUUCACCAAGAUCACCCAGUACCUCAUCCGGAUCAGGAAGCUGACACUCCGGAGGCAGAGGAAACUCGUUCCCUUACGCAGGAAGAUUGAAAGGCGAGAGAAGAGAAGAGAGGAAAAAGCCCUGAUUGCUGCCCAGCUGGAUAAUGCCAUCGAGAAGGAAUUACUGGAAAGGCUGAAGCAGGAUACAUAUGGAGACAUCUACAACUUCCCUAUCCAUGCCUUUGACAAAGCUCUGCAGCAGCAAGAGGCAGACAGUGAGAGUGAGUCUGAGAAGGAAGAGGAAGAGGAGGAGGAGGACGUGGAUAAAAGGGAGUUUGUGGAAGCAGAUGACAGCGACCUCAGUGACUUUGAGGACAUGGACAAGCUGGAGACGAGCAGUGAAGAGGAGCAGGAAGAGGAGACAGAAGUAGAGAAGGAAAUCUCUCACUCCAAAUCCAAGGGGAAAACUCCCCUGAAAGGAGCAGCCAGAAGAAAACGUCCCCACAUUGAAAUAGAGUAUGAGGCAGAAACAGAGCCAGCUGCCAAAACAAAAGGAGUUUGACUCCUCCCUCACCCCCCUUCUGAAGGGACUGACACAGCUCCACAUCUCCCCCUGCACCUCCUCCCACCUUUCCCCUCUUUCUGGGGAUCCUCCCAAAAUGACUCUUUUUAUUUUUUUUUCCAAUAUUCUCACUAAUAAUUUUCUUUAAGAAAAGAAGGGUUUCUGUCCCAACCCCCAGGCAAAACGUUGUGAGUUUGUACAACUGCAGGGAGCAGAGUUUGGAGAGACACAACUGCCCUGAGCUACAGCCCCCCCAAAGCUCAGCUCAGACUGGGGAGCAACCUGGACUUGGGGGGGGGCUGAACUCAGCUCUUCUAAAGCUG